AUGGCGAGCGCAAUCAUUGCGCGAGGGGUGGAGCCUCGCCACGGCAUCUCCCUGGUUUCGCUCCAGUGCAGCUUGAUGCUUGAGAAACCAAACAAGCCUGGUACCUUGACCAUCUUGACGUCCAACAACUCGCUUUCUCUAUCACUCGUCAAGAAAAGCCCCAAGAACGCCGAGGCCUAUGUUGGCCUUUGCCUUUCGGUUCCUCGCGAUGUCGACACCAAGGUCCGCCAAUGGUACUCUUCCAACACUCGCAUGACCCCCUCCCAGAAACUCAAAAUAAUUUGCAAAUUCCCCAAUCGACACUUCACAAUCAGUCAUCGCCCUCUUAACGACGGGGAGGCCAAGCACCUCGAGUACGCAUUCCCUUCCAACAAAGCGACCGAGUUUUGUAUCGUCUCUGUCAGUCUUACAUGCGAUCCCACCGUCACUGGAUUUGGCAUCCCAUUUCAUGGGGAGAAUGAGAUCAUUGAUGGUUGGAUCAAUAACGACGAACCAAUUCAUGACACCAUCAGACUCACUGAACUACUCCAACAAAGAACUUUCAUGCUUCUCGUCCAGGCAACUGGGGAAGAAGCCGAAAAGUUCUUUGAAGUCACUGCCUCACCUUUCAAGUCCUUUCACUACGGCUAUGGUACCAAUCACGAAUGGGACAUGGAUCGAUACAGCUACCAAAUUCCGCGAAACCGAGGUUCAGGAUUUCUACCCAGAGUCCGCUACGAUGAUUCCAACCAAAGAGACACCGUCCUGACUCAGAUGCACGUCCAAGACGUCUGGGACUUUCACGCUAAGGUUGGAGACGAGCCUGCUACCACCAUGGAACGUUUCGUCUGCCUUCUGGAGCCCAAGGGGAUGUUUUACCUGAGACAUUGGCGAGCCACCCGCCGCGCUCUCAAGGGAGACUUUGCUCCAGCUCGCGUGGAGUUCAACGCACUCAUAGAAGACCCCGACGAUUCUCGUGAACCUCGAAACGUUUCCUGGACUGUCGUUCAACUUACGAUGCCCUCUGAUCUCAUACGACACGUGAAUCUCAAGGACCGUAUCGCUCUCGGUCUUAUCCGACCAACAUCUGGGAAAGAUCGGAAGUACACCCCAGCAGCGUCCAACAACUACAACUCGGCUGUAAAAAGGGACAGACAGAAAGUCAAACUCAUUUGCGAAUCCGGCAUCACGAACGAGAGGAAGCGCAUCGAUGCUGUCAACCGACUGACCAGCCCCAGCACAUGGCCUGUUGUUAUGGAUCAAGACAAGCUCUCAAAGGAAAAGAAAGCAGCCCUGAAUGACAUCCUCAUCGGCCAAGGCCUCUGGGAUAUGAUGAAAGCGACGCCGUCUUUCCGCUUCCCCCACUUCGAUGUCUUUGACGGUGUCACCGCUGAAGUUCGCGACGCAUGCCUCGACUUUGUCUUUGAAGAUGACCGUGAGCGAGCCCAAGAGUACUUCAGCAAACUGCAUUUCGGCAUUGGUCUUGUCUCGGCUGCUCCUGGAAUGGGCAAAUCACAUUUGGCCUCGAUCCUCGUCACGCUCCUGUGUUUGAAUCCGUCCAUCCGAAAGCUGUACGUCAGCGCCGCGUCCAACGUUGCUACUGACAACAUUCUCGACAAGAGCAACAGCAUCGCCGAAUCCAUCGUCAAGACACUUACUGGCGCUGGAUACCCUGUCAAGCGGCUCAUGUUGGUUCGUGGCUACAACGGCAAGAUGGAGCGCGAGAACUGUCUGAAGGCUUUACUGGGCACUCCUUUUGAAGAGAUUGGCAUCUGGAAUUCUUCUCCUUGGCGGUUUGAGCGUUCUCUUUGCUGGUGGACCCUCCGCGCCUUGGGUUCCAAGACUGUACCCCCACUCACCUCCGAUGAUUGCACUGAACUCUGGAAUCUUCACCGCCACCUCGACGCCCUGGUCUCUCCCAACCCGCAAGUGUUCCACCGGGACUACAGCAAGUUUAUCCCUCUUGUUCAUCUCGCCCGUGGAAUAAUCACACCGAAAGAAUACCUCGAAGGCUAUGGGAAGGAUGUCCGAAACAAAUCAAUCAUCGGUCUCAUGGCACACGUCGUUUCCUGUGCCAACGCCGUUGCGACCACUCCAGCAGCUUCUAGCUACGAUCCAUACCUCACCUUCAACUCGAAAAUGGCAAAGGCAGUUGUCUUUGAUGAAGCAGGAACCCUGUUUCGUGCUGAUGGACUCGUGGUAUUCGGCAACACGCCUCGGCCCAUGAUUGCCGUCGGAGAUCCCAAGCAACUGGCCCCAGUUCUAGCUACAGCAAUUGAGAGACUCGACGUUGGACGCAAUGAGUAUCACCGACACGAUCAUGACUUGCCAACCAACCGAUUCGUUGGUGAAGCCGAGAUUUCAUGGCUGUCUUGGUUCAUUCAUCUCGGCUUUCCGGUAUUCCACCUCCAUACGCAGCAUCGGAUGGCAAAAGGUCUCUUCGACAUGAUGCUUGAAGCUUCUUACGAUGAAAUCAAACCUUACUUCAAGUACAGUCCCCUCUGUCGCCCAAUCGACUUUCCCCUCGGCCUCAAGAUUGAGCAAUACAUCAAGGUCAACCACCACCUCCCAUCCAAUAGCCCAGACAGGCUCCUCCCCGUGUUUUUCAACACUCUCGAAUGUCCUUGUCGCCAACACCCAGACAACCCUUCGAAACUGAAUCCCAGACAGGCCGACUGCAUCGCGAAGUACCUCGAGCCGAUGAUGAAGGAACUUUCAAUUUCACCAGCUGAUGUCGCUGUCCUUACUCCCUUCCGAGCCAACAUGCGGGAGCUUCAAAGGCGAUUCAGAAUGGCCAAGGUCCUAAAGGACGUUGUUUGCACGACAAUUGAUACUUUCCAGGGUCGAGAGGCUCAGAUUAUUAUCGUCGCUCUUUGUGUGGAAAAAAGCAAAGACGCAUCCUUUGCCGCCGAUCCACGUCGCCUGAAUGUCGCGCUUACACGACACAAGUCUAGUCUGUUCAUCUUUGGAAGUAUCAACAUCAUACCGGAGAGUUCCUUCGGUAAGGAGAGGAUCCCUUUGCCCAAGGAGGGGAAGAGUCUUCUCGACACAAACACCAUGAGCAAAGUGUUCCAAACGAUCAGGGCCAGUCGUCGAAUUGUCCCGCUUAAGGGCGACCCGGCCUGGGACCCUGACACCAAGUGGCCCAAGCCCUGA